GGAUGUUGUCAGUCGAUCCAGCGAUGUCAGUGCGAACGAGACGGCGUUAUGACGCUCUUGCUAUUCUCCCGCCACUAUUACUAUCAACGUCGUCGUCGUUGUCGUCGUCGUCGUCGUCGUCGUCGUCGUCGUCGUCGUCGUCGUCGUCGUCGUCGUCGUUGUCGUUGUCGUCGCCAUCAUCAUUGUCGUUGCUACUCUUGGUGGUGGUUAUGCUCCGCUAAUCCGUUCUCCUUUUAAAACCGUUGUCUUCCCCGUCGAUCGUUUAAAUGUCAGAACAAAGUUUAGUUAAGCGCGACGUGAGUGCGAAUGAAAUCAGUGCCGAACUAUCUGUUCACGCGUGAAAGUUUCUACGUAUAAAUUAUUAUUCGUAAUAAUUCGUUCAUUUUCUUUUUCUUUUUCUUUCGCAUUAUCAAAAGUUAGACAAAAUUGUUGCCUUUUAAAGUGCAACGAAAUUGAAUAGAAAAAAAAGAUAGUAUUCAACACAUAGAAUAGUUAUUUCGAAUUUGGUAUUCGUCGAAGAAUUUCGAAGAAUUCAGAGCAUUUGGAUCGAGAACGACCGUGAAGAAUGGCCAAUCCUUUUCUUUUUCUUCUUCUUCUCCUCCUUUCGCCUGUACCUUUUUCCAGACGUUUUUUCUGGAUCACGUUCUAAACUACACAACUAAGAGUUCAGUCAAAGAGAAAGGAAGGAAAAAAGGGAAGAAAAGAAAGACAGACAGGGGUAGACACAUGGAAGGUUUUCUAUUUCCGGCUCUAUCGACUCUCGACGAACGAAAGUUGGCGAAAAAGUUAGCUUAGUCUGUCUCCUCUCUUCGACAAUAUUAAUUUACAUCUCUUGUCUCUCCUUCUCUCUCUCUCUCUCUCUCUCUCUCUUUCUCUUUCUUUUUCUAUUUUCUUAUAUGAUUCCUCGAGAGAAAAUCAAUCGGUGAGCGUACAAUAAGAAUAUAUAGUAGUGUGAUAGAUGAACCACAAAAGUAGAAAGCCGAGAAACGACGUGGCAUACCGCAAACUCACUUUUCUGAAAAUACGACGAACGAAUAAAAGAAUUUAUAUUUACAGUACGAUUUAGUGGUAAACUUGUAUAUAAAGUGUAUUUAAAAAAAAGAAAAAAAUAUACGAUGGUACCCAAGGAAUAAUAGGGAUACGUAAGAAUCUCUCGUCGAGGAAGCCACAAACGAAUGUGAUAACUUUUUUGCUUCUUCAUCUAUUUUUUCCCCAUUUUUUUUAUUAUUAUUGUCAUUUUUUUUUCUUUCCUCUUCGAGAAAAGAAAUCAUUUAAUGGUUGACGAGGAUGAUUUUUAUUAAGAGGAAAGUGAAACGAGUGAAAAUCGACUCGACGAUACCGAUACCGGAGUGACUCUGCUAAGCAGCCAGUAACUUCGAUACUCGAAACCACCUGGUUGGUAAGAUUACACCUUGGGAAAACGCUUCGGCUUUUGCGCAAGUAGCCAAAGAGAAAGACGAAGUCGAGGAUACGGAAAAGGUAGAAAAUAACUGUUUGAGAAAAAAAAUAAAAAAAAAAAAAAACAAGAGAGAGAAAUACCGGUUGCAUCGGGACACCCGAUAGAAAGGGUAGAUUGGAAGAGACACCGACAUUCGAUUGUCGUAACUCGUGGAAGAAGGAUCGAUUUUUCUUUAAUCGAAACAUCUUCAUGAUCAUCGUUUUGCCACAGAUGGCGAAGUUUUUUUUCUUCGUCGAUGCGACGAAGACCUGUUCGCAGGUGUCAAUAGCAGGAAAAAGUUAAAGAAGAAAAGAAUAGAAAAAAAAAAAGAAGAAGAAGACAUUGGCCUAGGAGAUCCCCGAGCCGUCUCGAAGUAUCCAGGACGAUGAGUAGAGUCGUCAGGAUGUCGUCCUUGAAUCUUCCUUUUUCCGUAUGAAGGACGUUUCUAAACAUGGAUUGGUUGUCGCGUUGUGUCUGUGGCUCGAAGAAAAAGGAUCCAGAUGAGGAAGAGAAUAGAACAAAGGAGACGAGUAAUAAAAAGAGUAAGAAGAAGUCGAAGAUAUCAGAGGAUUCUUCUUCUUUGACACCGAUCGAUAAUGUUACGUUGAAUUAUGAAGAAUCGCGUAAAAUUGACGAGGUUAGAAAAGAGAACGUGAAAGAAGAUAAGGGAAAGGAGAAGAAAAAUCAUCAUCGUUUUGAGAACAAUCAAAUAUCAUUAAACGAAAAAGAUGAAAAAUUAGAAAGAACGAUCGAUCGAGAUGUUGAAGUUCCUGUGGGCGAUGAUAUCCUCGAAUCUAAUUGGACGACUAACGAGGAAAGAUUUAGUCGUGAAAAUGAUUUCAAUAGAUUGAUCGAAAAUGAAGAAGUUUGGUAUCGUAAAGAUCUCUCAGAAUACAACGACUCGAGUAACGAAGAGGAGGAGGAGGAAGAGGAACAGGAUGAGGAGGAGGAAGAGGGUCAUCAAUAUAGCGACGAUUCUUUGAGCAAAGAUUCAUCGAAGGAUAAUCGGUUAAUGGAGGAUGAAGAAAUAUUUGAAAAAUCUUUCUCAAGAUCAACGACAACGUCCGUCGGUACUUCUAGUCCUGCAUUCGACUUGUUAACCGGUGAAAGGCAAGAGGAUACCUUUUCGGAGAAUUCAUUGAAGGUUUUCAGAGCUAGAAGAAACGAGGAGAGGAUAUCAUCGAGGAUCAACUUUCCUAGCAAGAGUCCUUGUAACGGUUACGACGUUAGAUCGAAGAGUCGAGAGAAAUCGCCAACGACAACGAAUAAGAAAAAGAAAAAGGACAGGAUUGGAAGAUCGAAAUUGAACGACUCCGUUGUUGAACGUUCCAUAACAAUUUCUCAAAAUAAAUCUAAACGAAAGUGCGAAGAAAAUGGUGUCUCUAUUCUCGGUGAAAUUAAUAAGUUUGGAUUCGACGAAUCAGUAUCCGUGAAAUCGGCUACCUUCGAUAAAAAAGAUAUUAAAAAGAAGCUGAAUUCUUGCAGCUUCGAAGUGAGACUUCAAGAUGACGAGGAUUGUCAACGAGAGAGAGGAAAAGAUAGAGGAAGGGAAGGAUCGAUGAUACCAAGACCUUCAUCUCAUAAUCGAAUCAAACGGGAGAUGAUAAAUCGUGCUAAAUCGGAAAAGGAAGAAAACGGUCGCGUUCAUUCGGCUAUCGUCUCUGGUGUCAAUUGGGAGCAACGCACCGUAACUGUAGAAUGGUUCGAAAAAGGGGAAACCAAAGGGAAAGAGGUGGAGAUCGAUGCAAUUCUAGCCUUGAAUCCCGAAUUAAAUAAAAAGACGAUGGGACCACCGCAGAUGAACAAUGUGGUAGAAUUAGUAGCGAAGGACUCUUCCGGCGAGGAGGAUGAGGGGGUUGACGAGUUGGAGAACCAAGAGGAGGGUUCACUAGGACGGCAUGGCGGUCACACCGCAAGAAACGGCCUUACAUCCGCAACGCUUCCUGUACGAGUCACAUCUCGUCUUUCGUAUUCUACGAGGCCGUCUGUUCCAGUAAAAGUAAAUACGAGACAAACAUCACGACAAACAGGUCGACCAACAAACAUUAUGGCUCCAGUAGCUUCGGUAAAUGGUCAUGGUGAUUCCGUUUCUGGAUUGACGGGAAGACGAGAAUUGGAGAACAUACCACCAACCCCGAUGACACCGUUAAACGUUACGGCUGCCGCUCAAAGCAAGCAAAAGCAAACUCAGCUGCAACAACAGCAACAACAACAGCAGCAACAACAGCAACAAUCACAGCAACAGCAACAGCAAGCACAAAUGGAAAAUGGCAGAGGUAGACGAUCCAAUGUCGUUAAGGAAGUAGAAAGACUGAAGAAAAACAGGGAAGAAAGGAGACAACGUCAGGCGGAACUUAAAGAAGAGAAAGAGGCUCUGAUGAAUUUAGAUCCAGGCAAUCCUAAUUGGGAAUUUCUUGCCAUGAUUAGAGAAUAUCAGAAUAGCAUUGAAUUCAGGCCGUUACGAGAAACCGAUACUGUCGAGGAUCAUCAGAUCACCGUAUGCGUUAGAAAACGACCAUUGAAUAAAAAAGAAGUGACAAGAAAAGAAGUCGACGUUAUCAGUGUGCCCAGUAAAGAUCAAAUGGUAGUACACGAACCAAAAGCCAAAGUAGAUUUGACAAAAUAUUUGGAAAAUCAGAUCUUUAGGUUUGAUUAUGCUUUCGACGAAACUUGUAACAAUGAGAUAGUCUAUAAGUACACGGCGAAGCCGUUGGUACAAACAAUUUUUGAAGGUGGCAUGGCUACAUGUUUCGCUUACGGACAAACUGGUAGUGGAAAAACACAUACCAUGGGUGGUGAUUUUAAUGGUAAAACGCAGGACUGUAAAAAGGGUAUAUACGCUAUGGUCGCUAAAGAUGUCUUCAAAUGUCUUAAAAUGGCGAAAUAUCGUCCAUUAAAUCUAGUUAUCUCUGCUAGUUUUUUUGAAAUCUAUUCUGGAAAAGUAUUCGAUCUCCUGGCAGACAAGGAAAAGUUAAGAGUUUUAGAGGAUGGGAAACAACAAGUUCAAAUAGUCGGACUAACAGAAAAGGUUGUAGAGACGUGUGAUGAAGUAUUAAAAUUGAUACAACAUGGUAACAGUGCUAGGACGAGUGGACAAACGAGUGCAAACUCCAAUUCUUCGAGGUCGCACGCGAUAUUUCAAAUAAUAGCACGAACCGCAGGUACUCAUAAAGUACACGGGAAAUUUUCUCUUAUUGACCUUGCUGGAAAUGAAAGAGGUGCUGAUACUUCUUCUGCGAACAGACAAACGCGUAUGGAGGGUGCUGAGAUAAACAAGUCCUUGCUAGCGUUGAAGGAGUGUAUUCGCGCACUAAGUCGUAAAGGAGCACACUUGCCUUUUAGAGCAAGUAAAUUGACUCAGGUUUUAAGGGACAGUUUUAUCGGUGAAAAAUCUAAAACGUGUAUGAUAGCGAUGAUUAGUCCUGGUAUGAGUUCUUGCGAGCAUUCCUUAAAUACGUUAAGGUACGCAGAUAGAGUAAAGGAAUUAGCUGCAACCGAUCCAACGGAGAUAAAAGUUUCACCUACUGAUGAUGAUCGAGGAUUGAAGAUAGAAGAACAGGCCAACAAUAGCGUUCUCUCGGACAGUGAUUUAGCACAACUUCGAUCUUUGAAUGAAGGUGAACUUUCGCAAGAUCUCUAUACUUUCCACGAAGCAGUUUCUGCUCUACAAUUGUUAGAAGAGGAGGUAUUGGAUACGCACAAAAUGGUAAUGGACAACACGACCAGAUUUCUCAAUGAAGCGCACAGCGUUUUCAGUGCAACUCACGAGGUGGACUACGAUCAAGAAGAUUUCAGAAGGAAAAGAACAAAGUUUGAGUCACCCUACCUGAGGAGCUUCUCGUUGCAUAGACGUCUGAUAGAAAGAAAACUAUUUUCGGAUGCGUAUGCCCAGAAAUGGGAGCAGUUGUUGGUGCAGCAACGUGACAGCCUGAACACUGCAUUGGACCAAGUCAGUCAAUUCCGGGGCCAGUUACUGCAAGAAGAACAAAUCAGUCAGAAGAUGACGCGAACGCGCAACUCGCGAUAUAAUUAAGGAUCCUUACCGAGAAUUACGAAAAAGACGAGAAAAUAUAAAAGCACACAAAUACUACCGGACAUUAACAUUACCGGAAGAAAAGGCACCAGCAAACAAUUCGUAAAAGAUGCCCACAUCGUGUCCUCCUUUUGUCGCGUCAACUCUUUCUGUCCUUGGAAGAGUCGGAAACAACAGUGUAAUUUCAUCGUCUGAGAUUAGCACAGUUACCUGACUGCAUACAUAUAUUAUCAACACACCUUUCUUGCCUUUUGAGAUAAGAACAAAAAUACUCUUUCUCUAUCUAUUUUUCUCUCUCUCUUCCUCUUUCUCUUUCUCUCUCUCUUUCCCUCUCUCUCUUUGUCUCUUCUUUUCUCUUCUCUUUUCUCUUUUUCUUUGUGUCUCUCUUUUCCACUAUGUCUCUCUCUCUCUCUCUCUCUCUCUCUCUCUCUCUCUCUCUCUCUCUCUCUUUCUCUCUCUCCAUUUUAUUCCAAUUAAAAUCAAGAGAAGAGAUCCUAUUUUUAAACAAAAAUCAGUAGAAGAAGAAAGAUAUAAAUAUUAUAUUAAAAAAGGGGAAUCUUUUUGAAAUAUAACUACUACACAAUUUGCAGUUUUUUCCAGGAAAAGAGGUCGCCGAUACUCUACUUUUUAGCACCAGAUUUUAGUCAUCGGUACUGUGUACUCCGAUGUUCCUUUAUGAAUCACUAAUACUGAUUGUAGACAGACCAUACCACAUAAAUAUGAUAUAGCUCAUUGACGAGAAGAAAUUUGCAAGAUUAUAAUAAAAGGAACAAAGAUUCGAUUGACGUUAGAGAUACACAUCCCGGGGGAAAAAAAAUAAAAUAAGAAGAGACAGAAUAUCAAAGAAAAUUAAUGGCAAUCUAACGCAAGAGAUGAUUAUUUUCAAGCUAAAACAGAACACCCGUCCAAUUGGAUUAACGAUGAUUUUCUGUAACGCCGACAGACAAACGAGUCGUCUUUUUUAUUUCUUUUUUUUUUAUUUUAUUUUAUUUUUUUUUUUUUUUUUUUUUUUUUUAUUUUUUAUGUUUUUUUUUUACUUUAUGGCAUUUUAAUACACCUGCUGUUUACCGAAAGUUUUCUGUUCAAACUGUUUUCAAAGCUUUCGGAUUAAUCGUCGCUUUUUGUUCUCGAUAUAUUUUUAUUAUACGCGUUUACAUCUCAUAGCGUUUUUUAAUUUCGUCCUCUUUUGUAAUGAUGAUUUCUCGUCAAAAUGCUGAAAUCGUACAACGUCGUUUAAAGAGUUAUCGUCAAACGAGUUCUGCGAUGUACUUUUCUCUCCCUCGUAUACUUUUAUUAGACUUGGAACUCGUUUGUUCUCUUCAUAUCGGCGAUAUUCAUUCAAUCGUUCGUUCGUUCGUUCGUUCGUUCGUUCGUUCGUUCGUUCGUUCGUUCGUUCGUUCGUUAAUUCGUUCGUUCGUUCGUUUAACGACGAUAUUUAAAAAGAUAUAUCGUAACUUCCACAUUGAUACAAUAAAUAAGCAUUGCGAGGUAUCACGAUAUUUUCACAAUUACGCAUAGAUACCGUAGUAUUUUACCGAUUCAUUUUAUUUGUCCAAAAUACUGUGAUAGAUUUAUUCUGAUCGCAUUGUUUCCUGUAUCGGGUGAAGAUUAUCAUUGUUCCUCUCUUAAUUGAUAACAUUCAUUGUAAUCCAACAUCAAACUAUGUGAGCUGUAUCAAAAGUUGGAAGAUAAUCCUCGCUCCAAGAAAUAUUAAAACAAAAACUAUAAUAAUAUAAUAAUAAUAAUAAUAAUAAUAAUAAUAAUAAUAAUAAUAAUAAUAAAAUAAUAAUAAUAAAAAGAAUAAGAAGAAAAAAAGAGAGAGGAAUAAAUAAAUACAUAAACGUGAAAAUGUUGGUACUCUGGGUCGUGAUUAGUGUGGUUGAUGAAAUAACGCGUAUGCACCGUACUAGAAAGAAGUUGAUCAACUAAAAAUUCAAACAAAGUGAUGCAUAUAAAAAAAUUAACAUGUAUUUAAGAAUAUAUUAUAUCCGCUAAGAAAAAAAAAUUAAAAUAAUAAUAAUAAUAAUAAUAAUAAUAAUAAUGAGAUAAUAAAAAAUGCAUUAAAAGUAUGUCAUUUCGUUUAAAUAAGACGCAGGACGUUCAGUGUGUUGUAAAACGGAUUUCAUUUUAAAUUAAUUAAGGACUGUAUCGUUAUUAUAUUGCAACUGUUUUAGGAGAGCUAUUAUAUAAAUAUAUGCAUUAAUGAAAAUGAAAAAAUAUAAAAGUAUCGAGAACGAAUUUAAGAUUACUACGAGAGAGAGAAUAUGGCAAAUACGUGUGUGCGAGAAUGUGUUAGGAAUUAUUUUUGCUUUCAUAUACUUUUUCACAUCGUUAAUAAUCUGAUUGAAUUAAUUUUAACUUCGAUCUUUACGAGAAACUUUUAUCAUUGCGAAAAUGCAUUAUAUAUACAGUAUGUAUAUUUCCGUUAAGAGACAUAGACAAAUUUUAAGGUAUUAAUGUUCUUCUAAAUUUGAAUAUAGAAUCGUUUUUCUUACUUUUUCUUUUUCUUUCUUUUUUAAUCAAAAAGGAAGGGCAUAUAUUACACAAAACAGAAUGUCACAGUAUGCUGAACAAUUUUUAUGAGUAAUUUUUAUGAAUAAUAUAUGAUUUCAAUGAGUAUAUCAAUUCUAUUUA